AUGGCUGCGAAGGGCGCGCACAGCGCCCACCUGAAGGUGGAGGGAGAGCUGGAGCGCUGCCGCGCGGAGGGCCACUGGAACCGCGUGCCGGAGCUGGUCCGGCAGCUGCAGACGCUGGUCUUGCCCGGCGGCGGAGGCAACCGGCGAACCAGCCCGAGCGCCGGAUACACUGUUCGGGAUACUGAUGACUUUGGGAAAUUGCUCCUGGCUGAGUCCCUCCUGGAGCAGUGUUUGAAGGAGAACCACUCCAAGGUAAAAGACACCCUCCCUUUGCUGGACAAGAAUGAGCCAAGGAUAACUGAAGCCAAGAAUUAUCUCAGUGGUAUACUUAGCCAUGGGAAGCUGUCGCCACAGUAUCUGUGUGAGGCCAUGUUGAUCCUGGGCAAGCUGCACUACAUGGAGGGUUCAUACCGAGAUGCCAUCAGCAUGUACGCACGGGCUGGGAUCGACGACAUGUCUGUGGAGAACAAGCCCCUCUACCAGAUGCGGCUGCUGGCGGAGGCCUUUGUCAUCAAAGGCCUCUCCCUGGAACGCCUACCCAACUCCAUUGCUUCCUGCCACCGCCUGACAGAGAGGGAGGAGGAAGUGAUCACCUGCUUCGAGAGGGCCUCCUGGAUUGCUCAGGUGUUUCUGCAGGAAUUGGAGAAGACUGCCAAUAACAGCACAUCCAGGCAUCUGAAAGGCUCUCACCCGCUUGACUAUGAGCUUACCUACUUCCUGGAAGCUGCCCUCCAGAGUGCUUACGUGACCAACCUGAAGAAGGGGAACAUUGUGAAAGGCAUGAGAGAGCUCCGGGAGGUCCUGAGGACUGUGGAGACCAAAGCAACCCAGAACUUCAAAGUGAUGGCAGCCAAGCAUCUCGCAGGGGUCCUGCUCCACUCCCUGAGUGAGGAGUGCUACUGGAGCCCUCUGUCCCAGCCUCUGCCCGAGUUCAUGAGCAAGGAGGAAAAUUCCUUCAUUACACAGGCCCUUCGGAAACCUCAUCUCUACGAAGGAGACAACCUCUACUGCCCAAAGGAUAACAUCGAGGAAGCGCUCCUGCUGCUCCUCAUCAGUGAGUCCAUGGCAACUCGGGAUGUGGUGCUGAGCCGGACGCCAGAGCAGAAGGAGGACCGGAUGGUGAGCCUGCAGAAUGCCGCAGCCAUCUACGACCUCCUGAGCAUCACACUGGGCAGGAGGGGCCAAUAUGUUAUGCUUUCAGAGUGCUUAGAACGAGCCAUGAAAUUUGCAUUUGGAGAAUUUCACCUUUGGUACCAGUUGGCCCUCUCCAUGGUGGCUUGUGGGAAGUCCGCCUACGCCGUGUCGCUGCUGCGAGAGUGUGCAAAGCUACGGCCUUCGGACCCCACUGUGCCCCUAAUGGCUGCCAAGGUCUGCAUCGGGUCCCUGCACUGGCUGGAGGAGGCUGAGCAUUUUGCCAUCAUGGUGACUGACCUUGGCGAGGAAGCUGGGGAAUUCCUCUCCAAAGGCUACCUGGCACUGGGUCUUACCUACAGCCUGCAGGCCACUGACGCAACCCUGAAAUCCAAGCAAGAUGAAUUGCACAGGAAAGCUCUACAGACACUGGAGAGGGCCCAGCAGCUGGCACCUGACGACCCCCAGAUCAUCCUCUAUGUCUCCCUGCAGCUGUCCCUCGUCCGACAGAUCUCCAGUGCCAUAGAGCAGCUGCAGGAGGCCCUCAAAGUGUGCCGGGAUGAUGCCAACGCCCUCCACCUGCUGGCACUCCUCUUCUCUGCCCAGAAGCACUACCAACAUGCUCUGGACGUCAUCAACAUGGCCAUCACUGAGUACCCUGAGAACUUCAACCUGAUGUUCACCAAGGUGAAGCUGGAGCAGGUGCUGAAAGGCCCGGAGGAAGCCCUCGUGACCUGCAGACAAAUGCUGCAACUGUGGCAGACUCUGUACAGCUUUUCCCAGCUGGGUGGCCUGGAGAAGGACAGCAGCUUCGGUGAGGGCCUCACACUGAAAAAGCAGAGCGGCAUGCACCUGACUCUGCCUGACGCCCACGAGGCUGACUCUGGCUCUCAACGGGCAUCAUCCAUUGCAGCCUCCCGGCUGGAGGAGGCCAUGUCAGAGCUGACCAUGCCCAGUUCGGUCCUGAAGCAGGGACCCAUGCAGCUGUGGACCACACUGGAACAGAUAUGGCUGCAGGCUGCUGAGCUGUUCAUGGAGCAGCAACACCUCAAGGAAGCAGGCUUCUGCAUCCAGGAGGCAGCAGGCCUCUUCCCCACCUCACACUCGGUGCUCUACAUGCGGGGCCGGCUGGCCGAGUUGAAGGGCAGUUUGGAGGAUGCCAAGCAGCUGUACCAGGAGGCGCUCACAGUGAACCCGGAUGGCGUGCGUAUCAUGCACAGUCUGGGCCUGAUGCUGAGCCGACUGGGCCGCACGAGUCUGGCCCAAAAGGUGCUGCGGGACGCCGUGGAGAGGCAGAGCACCUGCCAUGAGGCCUGGCAGGGCCUGGGUGAAGUGCUUCAGGCCCAGGGCCAGAGUGAGGCUGCCGUUGACUGCUUCCUCACCGCCCUUGAGCUGGAGGCCAGCAGCCCCGUGCUGCCCUUCUCCAUCAUCCCCAGAGAGCUCUGA